UGAAUACAACCAAAAUACAUUUAAAAAUAACAAACUACGAAUGGCAAUGGUAGAGACGUUACAAAAUUGAAAGGUUUUAAAAUUAUAUAAAUAUCACCAUUGACUACCUACAACCCAAGCUUAACACAAUUUCUACAACCUUCUUCUUCUUGAUUUCCUUCCUGCCAUCGCCAUGCCUGUUCAAGACUCCAAAACCCACGUGGCUUUGCUGGUCAGCCCCGGAAUGGGUCAUCUCAUUCCCUUCCUCGAGCUGGCAAACCGCCUCGUCCUCCACCACAACCUCCAAGCCACUCUCUUUGUUGUCGGCACCGACUCCUCCACCGCCGAAUCAAACCUCCUCCAAAAACCCUCCGCCGCCAACAUCGUCCCUCUUCCUCACUCCUCAUCCACCCUCGACCCAAACGCCUCCUACGUCGAUAUAAUCAAUGCCAUGAUGACCGCCUCUUUCCCCUUCCUCCGCUCCUCCAUCACCACCACCAUGCCCCGUCCGGCGGCGCUGAUCGUUGACCUUUUUGGAACCCAAGCUCUAUCCAUAGCCCACGAACUCGGCAUGUUGGGCUUCGUUUUCAUGACCUCCACUGCUUGGUUCCUCUCUCUCUCCUUCUUUUACCCUUCCAUGAGCAAAUCAAUGAUUGACGCCCACGUAUACAACCACGAACCUCUCGAAAUCCCGGGUUGUACUCCAGUCCGAUUUGAAGAUACCAUCGAGAUAUUCCAGCUGAACCGGGAGGAAAUUUACGAGGGAUUCGGAGGUUUCACACGAGAACUUGGAACGGCCGAUGGAAUUUUAUGCAACACGUGGCAGGAUCUUGAGCCCAUAACGCUAAAAGCGCUGACUGAACUUGGAAACCUAAAUAAAGAAAAAGUCAACCAAGUUCCAAUUUAUCCAAUUGGGCCGUUGACUAGAUAUAGCGAGCCCAAUUUGAAGAGUGAGGUGCUGAAGUGGCUUGAUCGGCAACCGGAUGAGUCGGUGAUAUACGUGUCGUUUGGGAGUGGGGGGACGUUAUGUGCAAAACAAAUCACAGAAUUGGCGUGGGGGUUGGAGCUGAGUCAGCAGCGGUUUGUUUGGGUGAUACGGCCGCCAGCAGGGACGGAUCCCAUGGGAAUAUUUUUCACGGUGGGAACCGGAUCGGAAGACGAUUCGGCCCCAGAAUACUUACCGGAAGGAUUCAUAAAAAGGACGAAAGAGGUGGGUUUAGUGGUUCCGAUGUGGGGACCACAGGCGGAGAUUUUGAGCCACAGAUCGGUAAGGGGAUUUGUAACGCACUGUGGGUGGAAUUCGUCGUUAGAGGGAAUAGUGAACGGAGUGGCGAUGGUGACGUGGCCAUUGUACGCAGAGCAGAAGAUGAACGCGGUGGUGCUGACAGAGGAGUUGGGGGUGGCGGUGAGGGUGAGGGCUGAGGGAGUGGUGGGGAGGGAGGAGAUAGAGAGGAAGGUAAGAAUGAUAAUGGAGGAUGAAGAAGGUCGAGAAAUUAGGGAGAGAGUUAAAAUGCUGAAAAUUACUGGGGAAAAGGCCGUCUCUAAAGGUGGGUCAUCGUAUGAUUCUUUGGCUCGUGUGGCUUCAAAAUGCGAUAUUUUCCGGCGUCGGAGAGAUGGAGGGUGUUAAUCUUUAUCAUAUGUAUUUUAUAUAUCCGAUCUUAGAUGAACGACUGUAUGUUAAUUAUGGUCAAACUAUAUUUAUACUCUGUGAUAUAUUUUAUGCAAUCAAUAUGAAUUUAACAGUUAAAUAUUGUAAUUGGGAUCCUACCUUUUAAAGAGUGAAAGGAACUUUUCAUAUAGUUACUACUGCAAAGAGUUCUAUA